AUGUCAGAUGGGGCAGUGGACACCAGCUCUGAGAUCACCAUCAAGGAUUUGAAGGAGAAGAAGAAAGUUGUGAAGGAGGCAGAGAAUGGAAGAGAGGCACCUGCCAAUGGGAAUGCUAAUGAGGAAGAUGGGGAGCAGGAGGCUGACAAUGAGGGAGAUGAAGAAGAGGAAGAAGGUGGGGAGGAAGAGGAGGAGGAGAAAAAUGAGGAAACUGAGUUUCCUACGGGCAAGCAGGUAGCUGAGGAUGAUGAGGAUGAUGAUGUUGACACCAAGAGUCAGAAGACUGAUGAGGAUGACUACACAGUAAAAGGAGAAGUAACCUUAUGCACCAUGACCUUCUCACCCUCUACUUUCUGUCUCAGAAUUUAA